AUGGAGGAUCAUGUUCAGGACACUUAUGCGAAGUCGAUUAAAAUAACUGACUUGGGAAUGUAUUGGGUUGAACAGAAAGUUUGUGCGUCUUUGGUGAGAUGUAUCUGUACCACAAAAAUCUUACGACAGUGCAUGCUCCCCGUGAUUCUACUGGUGUUCGCCUUAGUGCUACUAUUCUAUAUAGGAACACGAAAGCCAAGAGGAUAUCCUCCAGGUCCGAAAUGGUGGCCGAUUUUAGGCUCGGCGAUCGAAGUCGCCCGUCUUCGGGAGAAAACGGGUUACUUAAUGAAAACCUGUUCCGCUCUGUCCGAGAAGUACGGACCGGUGGUCGGUCUGAAGAUCGGCGCGAAUCGUAUCGUGGUGCUGAACAAUCAUGAGAGCAUCCGGACGAUGAUGACCGAGGACGACUGCGAUGGACGGCCAACCGGUAUUUUCUACGAGAUGAGAACAUUCGGCGAGAGGAGAGGUCUGGCCAUCGUCGAUGGGAACCUGUGGGCCGAGCAGAGAAGAUUCGUAUUGAAACAUCUCCGCGAGUUUGGCUACGGUCGCAAAGACAUGUCCACGGUGGUCGAAGAGGAGGGACAGUGCCUGGUCGAACAUUUCAAAAAGUUGAUCGACAACGAAUACAACAACAGAUUCAACUUGAAAUCGUCGGAAUCCAGGAUACAUUGUAACAAUAACGAGCCCGAAGACGGAAAGAUAUCCAAGCUGAGCAAAGGGAAUAGAACGGACGAAUCGGUGUCGAUGAACACCACGGGACAAUACGCGAAGAACGAGAAACCAUUGAAAGCCUCGGAUCUGUAUGUGAACGCCAACGAGUACGCGGAAGUGAGAAGGAUCGCUGGAUCAAACCCUGGAAUGGUGAUGACGAUGAACGACGCGUUCGGUGUUACGGUUCUUAACGCUCUGUGGCGUAUGAUGGCUGGUAAAAGGUUCAAUAACGACGACGAAGAGUUGACGUAUCUUCAACGAAUCCUGGCGAAGGUGAUGAUGGAGGUGGAUACGUUCGGUGCACCGUUUGGUCAUUUUCCGUUUCUGAGAUUUAUCGCCCCGGAAAUGUCCGGUUACAAGUCCUUCCUGGAAGCCCAUGUGCAAAUCUGGAAGUUCCUGAAGAACGAAUUGGACAAUCACAAAAACACAUUCAAGACAGACUCGCCCAGGGACCUGAUGGACGUGUAUUUGAGCGUUCUCAAGUCGGAAAACUAUAGCAGCACGUUCUCCGAAUCUCAGUUGCUCGCGAUAUGCUUGGACCUCUUCGUGGCGGGAUCCGAGACCACAACCAAAGCACUUGCGUUUUGCUUCCUCUAUCUAGUCCUCUAUCCAGACGUCCAAAAGAAGGCGCACGAUGAAAUCGACCGAGUGAUCGGUCGGAACCGACCUCCGACUAUCGAGGACAGAGCAAAGCUGACAUACAUUAACGCUAUCAUCUUGGAAUCGAUGAGAAUGUUCAUUGGCCACACGUUGAAUUUACCCCAUAGAGCGGUAAAGGACAUCACCAUAUUGGGACACAGAAUACCGAAGGACACUGUGCUCGUCGGGAAUUACAAUACAAUACUGAUGGACGAAUCCUGGGGUGAUCCUGAAGUCUUUCGACCGGAAAGGUUCAUCGACGAAGAGGGGAAUAUUACCACGCCAAAGAAAUACUUCCCGUUUGGCCUUGGGAGACGCCGUUGCAUGGGUGAAAAUAUGGCUAGAAGCAACAUAUUUAUCAUAAUGACCGCGUUAUUACAAGCGUUCACAUUUUCUCCUGUGCCUGGGGAGAGGAAACCAUCGGAAGAAUUCGCUGAUGGAUUCACAGCUAGUCCUAAGCCAUUUAGAGCAUUGGUUUCCCUAAGAACGUAA